AUGGGCUGCCACACCCGCCUACUUUGGCUGCUGUUCUUCUGCGGCGUGAUUCUUCCUGAAGCAGCUUGCUACAGGAGGGACAUCAGCGGAUCUGGAGCAAAGCUGGGGAAGGGGAAGCCCAAGAGAAGCCCCAUUCAAGGCAUGUCUGUGGAGCAGCAAGACGGGAAUGGCCAGGAGCCACUGGUGGGGCCCCAAGUUCUGCCUGCUGCCAUCUCAACUCAAUCAUCUUCUAAACUGGCCUCAAGUUCCACUGUAUCAGUUCCACCUGUGGUCGAUUCAUUGCCCCUUAGUCGAAGGGCGCAGCUCGGCCUCCAAGGUGCCGACAGUUCACCAGACCACACUCCAGGACUAGAUCCCAAACCAUACAAACCAUCAGGAGACUGGCUCCCUGUGCGGCUGGCAGGCAACCAUGGGAGAUGUGCGGGCCGUGUAGAACUCUUCUACCAGGGAGUCUGGGGGACUGUGUGUGAUGACCUCUGGGAUCUGCCAGAAGCAAACAUCAUCUGCAGGCAACUAGGGUGUGGCUGGGCUAUCUCUGCCCUGAGCGAAGCUUACUUUGGGGAAGGUUCCGGGAAGAUUCUUCUUGACAAUGUGCAUUGCAAGGGACAUGAGGAUCACCUGGAGGAAUGCUCCCACAUUGGCUGGUUCUCCCACAAUUGUGACCACACUGAAGAUGCUGGUGUCAUCUGUUCAGAAUCCUCAUUCGUUGUCAUGGAUGAAACCAUGGUUUCAGAAAGGUCUCGCUGUGGUGGUGUUAUUACCAAAGCACCUGGAAAAAUCAAGAACCCCCCAAUGAAUGAAAUGCAUGACAACAUAACCUGUGUAUGGGAAAUCAGGGCGAAUCCCUCUGAACGUAUAAGGCUGGCGUUCCCAUCUCUUGACCUUGACUGCACCAACGAGUAUUUUGAAAUCCUGGAUGGCCCUCCAUCUUCCACGGAGUCCCUGGGGAAACCCUGCAGUGGGUUCCAUAUGGCCUUCGCCUCCCACUCCAGCUUGAUGACCCUUGUGUACUUCCGAGGCAUGAACAACAUCGGGAAAAAUUUCAUGGCUUAUUAUUAUUUUGAAGCCAAAGAGAUGACAUCGAAGACGCCAUAUCUGAUCACCAUCCCCACGGCAGCUUCCAAGACGGUAACGGAAAGACCAAGGGACUGGCCAGAGCUGCGGCUGGUGGGUGGCUCCAAUCGGUGCUCAGGGCGUGUGGAGAUCCUCUACCAGGGAGUCUGGGGCACUGUGUGUGAUGACCUGUGGGACCUGAAUGAAGCUGAGGUCGUCUGCAGACAGCUGGGGUGCGGAAAGGGUGUGUCUGCCCUUGGCAAGGCCUACUUUGGCCCUGGUUCAGGAGCUAUCUUCCUAGACAACUUCCAGUGCGCUGGGGUGGAGCACUUCCUGGGCCAGUGUGCCCAUUCGGACUGGAGAGACCACAACUGUGGCCACCAUGAGGAUGCUGGUGUCAUCUGCUCAGGAGACUGGCCAGAACUUCGCCUGGUGGGUGGCUCCAGCCGGUGCUCAGGACGAGUGGAGGUCCUUCACCAGGGAGUCUGGGGCACUGUGUGUGAUGACUUGUGGGGUUCAAAUGAAGCUGAGGUUGUGUGCCGCCAGCUAGAGUGUGGUCAGGCUAUUUCUAGUCUCGGUGAGGCCUAUUUUGGCCCAGGCUCAGGAGACAUCUUCCUGGACAACCUUCAGUGUUCUGGGAUGGAGCAUUACCUUGGCCAGUGUCCACAUUCAGGAUGGUCAGAACAUAACUGUGGCCACCAUGAAGAUGCUGGUGUUAUUUGCUCAGAUUCAGAUGGCCCCCCUCUACCCAUGCCACCAGGUUCUCCUCCAGCUUCUCGGGAUCCAACAACAGGAGGAAGCAACUCUUGUGGAGGGGUCAUUUCCAGUCUCUCUGGCUCAUUUUCCAGUCCAAGAUACCCAGAAAACUAUCCAACAGACAUCCAAUGUGUUUGGGAGAUCCAUGUGGAGAAAAACUUCCGCAUAGAACUCAUGAUUCCAAAUUUGAACCUGGAAGAUAUCCUUGGAUGUCCCUACGACUCAAUUGAGAUCUUCGACGGCCCCAGAAUUGCGUCACUCUCCAUGGGGAAGUUCUGUGCCCCGUCAGCUGUGGUCUUCUUCUCCUCCUCAGACAUCUUGACAGUGGUGUUCCGAAGCGAUUAUAUGACAACAAACACUGGCUUUUAUGCUUUUUUCAAUGCAAUUUCACAAGAUGGAAGGAGGUCAGAAGACAGACUAGUGCUGCGGCUGGCGGGCAGCUCCGGACAGUGCUCAGGACGUGUGGAGGUCCUCCAUCAGGGGGCCUGGGGCACUGUGUGUGAUGACUUGUGGGACAUGAAUGAAGCUGAGGUCGUCUGCAGACAGCUGGGGUGUGGUCAUGCCAUCGCUGCUCCUGGAAGUGCCUACUUUGGCCCAGGCUCGGGAAACAUCCUCCUGGACAACAUUCAGUGCUCAGGAAAAGAGAACCACUUUGGCCAAUGCCCCAGCUCUGCCUGGUUAGACCACAACUGUGGCCACCAUGAAGAUGCUGGCGUUAUCUGCUCAGAUGCAGCGGGGACUCCUCCACCCUCAGAAGGAAGUAAGUCCUGUGGAGGAGUCAUUUCAAGUCUCUCGGGAUCCUUCUCCAGUCCUUGGUACCCUAUGAACUACCCCACUGACACGGAGUGCAUCUGGGAGAUACAUGUGGCUGAGAAGUUCAACAUAGAGCUAACAAUCCCCAGCCUGAAGUAA